AUGGCUUCUCCGAUGGCCACUGGAGGUACUGCCCCUCAAAGUGUUGAACAUAUUACACGGAUAGCACAGAACUACGAGUACAACUCUUCCGUUCCAUUGCGGUAUUGGCUGAGAACUGCCGCGACGCUCUUACGUGAGGCCCACAUUUACGAACGCGAAGGACACGAUGAACAAGCCUAUCUUAUUCUAUUCCGACACGCUCAGUUGAUCCUGGUCCAUCUUUCCAAGCACCCCGAUAUCAAAAAGAGUGAGGAAGAUCGCAAGGCCUUGGUGGCAGCCGAGAAGGAGGUUGAGAAAAACCUCAGCAAGCUGGAAAUCCUGAGGCCGCGCAUCAAUAAGCGGUAUGAGCGUUACACUCAGUUGAUGCAGGAGCGUGAAUCUCGGAAACAGCCCUCACGAGCCAAAAUUGUCGAGCCACGAGAACAAGUCCCGGAUCCCGCUCUCUCCGGCGUGGCAGAACCUUUGGAAGCUGGAGCGAAUCGAGAUCUCGCCGUGCAGUUAGCCCAAUCAGAGCUCAAUCGCCGAGCCACCGUCCGAGGCUCAAAGGGUCUUUCUGGGCCAUCUGCCGAAGAGCUGGAAACUCGUCGCGCAGCUGGGAACAUCCCGUCCAAUUUCGUUCACACAAAUCAACCUUAUGGCCAACGUGCCAAAGAGGCCGAGGUUCCUUCGUCGGUUACUUCUGCGUACAAGUAUCCAACGGUGCCACGUCAAAAGCCCCUGGAGCCCACUGUGUCUCCAGGCCAAAUUGCUAUCCUUGACAAGAAUGCCGAACGCCAUGCGCCUCCGAUAUUGCCUCCGAAAGAGCAUCUUGAGCCUAGCAGGGCAUCUAUUGUCGGCGAUUCUGCAACAGCUGUAGCGCCCUCGCGGCCGGCAAAGGUAUCGCCAGCUCCGGCGCUGCCUGCGAAGAUCCAACCUUCCGAAGAAACUACGCGUUCAGAUCUCGAUCCCUCGAGUUACACCUUCAAACCCUCAGCCUAUCUCGAAAAUGGCACUCCCUUGCGCUCGGUGUUCUUGCCAGCGAACCUCCGAUCCCGAUUUUUAUCUCUGGCUGCUCCUAACACGCGCGCCAACCUUGAGACAUGCGGUAUCCUGUGUGGUACCCUUGUUUCCAACGCCCUUUUCAUAUCCAAACUGGUUAUUCCCGAGCAGACAUCAACAUCAGACACCUGCGAAACGGUUAAUGAAUCGGCUCUUUUCGAUUACUGUGACUCUGAGGAUUUGAUGACGCUCGGCUGGAUCCACACACAUCCGUCACAGACCUGUUUCAUGAGCUCCCGUGAUCUACACACGCACUGCGGUUACCAAGUGAUGCUGCCCGAGAGCAUUGCCAUCGUAUGCGCUCCAAGCAAAACCCCCGAUUGGGGCACAUUCCGACUGACUGAUCCUCCGGGUUUAAAGACGGUUCUAAACUGCAGCCAGACUGGCCUGUUCCAUCCACAUGCUGAGGAGAAUAUCUACACUGGGGCUUUGCGACCAGGGCAUGUUUUCGAAGCCAGUGGGUUAGAAUUUGAGACAGUGGAUCUUCGUCCUUAA